AUGCAUGAACAGGAGGCCGCCGACAAAUGCACAGAAGGCGGGAUUCAAGAAAAGAAAACUGAGAUGUCAAACGUCGAGAAUCAUCCGACUAGCAGUCCAAAUACUGCGAAUGCAGAUGCUCCAAAGACAGAUGCUCCAAAUGCAGAUGCUACUAAUGCAAGCGUCGAUAAUGCAGAAGGCGACAACAACAAACACACUCCGAAUGCGCCAGAGACGCCAUCCAACGAUGGGUAA